AUGGUUUUAUGGAAAAUAAAAAAAUGUUCUUUUUCUUUUAAAGGAAUUAGAUAUUUAUCAUCCAAGAAAGUUACUAAUUAUUAUGCUCAUGAACGACCAAGUGUUAAAGAGAUGGAUGAUGAAUAUAAAAGAUUUUUAGAAAUUAAAAAAAAAGAGAGUAUUAUACCUGAAUUUAAAAUAACAAACAUUGAUAUAAAUACAUAUAAAAAAUAUAAGCAUAAAAAUAAUCCCAUAUUUUCAACUGAAUUUAAAAUUUUUAUUACUGGAUUUUUAAUUCUUAGUUGGUGUAUAUUUGCUAUUUAUAUGACGAUCAGAAUAAUGUCUCCUGAAGAUUUUGAAUGGGUAGAAAGUGAAAGAAAAAGAUUGGAAGAAGCAAAAAAAAAAAUUAUGAUCAUAAAAGAAAAAGAAAUGAAAAGUAUUGAUAAUUAG